AUGGCCGAACAACACGUCUUCUUGGACGGAAUCAAUUACUACACCCUGCUCGAGCAGCCUCCACCGGGCAUCCAGCGGAAGAAUGAAACCAUCCUCCUCGUCCAUGCUCUGAUGUCCAACCUCCACAUGUGGGACCACACCGUCCAAACCCUCCUCCGAGAAGGCUAUACAACCCUCCGGUUUGACCAUGUCGGCCACAACAAAACCCCACCUCCCCGCGAGACCGAGCAAAACUUCUCCCUCCAUCUCGACGACAUCACGAGGCACAUGCACUCCCUGGUCCUCCAAACUACAGGUCGGCAAGAUUUGAAAGCAGUGGUAGGAUGCAGCAUCGGCGGUGUCCUCGCCCUCCGCUACGCCAUGCUCUACCCCCGAAAUGUAGCAAAAGUCAUCUCGAUUGCCGCGCCGGGCAUCGUGUGCCUGGAAGCGGCCAAGCCCCUCUGGACGCAACGCAUCGCACAAUUCCGUCAAGACCUCCGCACGGGCGAGGCUACACUGGCCGAAGCGACGGUGAACCGGUGGUUCCCCCACCACCUUCCUUCAGACGACGCCGUCCGCGCCGAAGCUCUGCAACAAGUCCAAACGUGUUCCCUGGAAGGGUAUGGGCUCCUCGCGGACGCCAUCCGGAAUUACGAUUACGCGGACGAGGUGAGGGGUAUCUUGGGGCAGGAGGUGGGCGUUUUGAUCGUCGCGGGCAGUGAGGAUAGUUCUGUCUCGCCCGGGUUGUUGAAGGAUUUGGCGGGUAGGAUUUCGAGGGCGCGGUUUGUGAGGAUGGAAGGCGCGGGACAUUUGCCUCCGAUGCAGCGGGCUGGGGAGUUUGAGGGGGUGGUUCUGAUGCCGUUUUUGGCGGGUUGA